AUGUUCCGUCUUCUAGCUCCCCAGCGAGGCACGCUCAAUACGAAGGAAGAGAUAGCGGCGUUCCGGGGUGGCGAGUCUGGUCAAACAGAGCAAGGCGAAACAUUUGGACAUACUGCCCGCCCGCCUCGAAAGGGAUAUCAAGUGCCCAGAGGAAGCGUUUAA